AAAUCAUGGUCGGUUGUGUGUUGGCUCUUGUGUACGUGCUGUUUAGCGCAACAGUGGCCGUACAGGAAAACACAAGGCACUAAUAUUCAACGCAGCGCUCUGUUAUAGAAAUAAUAUGAAACGGAGGUGAAUUUUCGGAUUCGGAUGUUGCGGUCAGCUCUAUUUUUUGGACGCUCCCUGCCAUGAUUCCAAUAUAAAGAUUUUUCUUUUUUUCAUAAACAGUCUCUGGCCUCAGUCGGCUCACAUUUUCCCCUCACAAUGAGACUGUACGCAUUUCUUCUGAAGGACCAUUUACCAAAGAUAGAAUAUUAUUCACGGUUUUCACCAUCGCCCCUGUCAAUAAAACAGUUUCUGGAAUUCGGUAGGGAUAAUGCAUGUGAGAAGACGUCUUACAUGUUCCUCCGGAAGGAGCUUCCGGUGCGUCUGGCUAACACUAUGAGAGAAGUCAAUCUGCUGCCUGACAAGCUCCUCAGUCAACCGUCAGUCAAACUGGUGCAGAAAUGGUACAUGCAAAGUUUUUUCGAAUUGCUAGAGUUUGAGAACAGGAAGCCAGAAGACCCACAUGCCCUGAAUGACUUUCUGGAGACUCUUAUUGAGAUCAGGAACAGACACAAUGAUGUGGUCCCGACUAUGGCCCAGGGUGUGAUCGAAUAUAAAGAGAAGUUCGGUUUCGAUCCGUUCGUCAGCUCCAACAUCCAGUACUUUUUGGACCGCUUCUACACCAACCGAAUCUCUUUUCGCAUGCUCAUCAACCAGCACACUCUCCUUUUUGGCAAUGACAUCAACCCAGCCCAUCCAAAACACAUUGGCAGUAUUGAUCCCAACUGCAAUGUUGCUGAGGUGGUGACUGAUGCAUACGAGACUGCCAAGAUGGUGUGUGAGCAAUAUUAUUCAGCUGCCCCUGAACUCAAAAUAGAGGAAUUCAAUGCAAAGGCUCCUCAAAAGCCCAUCCAGGCUGUGUAUGUUCCCUCACACCUGUUCCACAUGCUGUUUGAAUUGUUUAAGAACGCAAUGCGGGCCACCAAUGAGCUCCACGAGGGCAGUACGGAGGGUCUUCCUCUUAUAAAAGCAAAAGUGACCCUAGGGAAGGAAGAUCUCUCUGUGAAGAUCAGUGAUAGGGGAGGGGGUGUGGCUUUACGGAAGAUUGACAGGCUGUUCAACUACACCUACUCGACUGCACCAACACCCAGUCUGGACUCCAAACGAGUGCCAUUGGCUGGAUUUGGACACGGUUUGCCAAUAUCCAGACUGUACGCCCGCUACUUUCAAGGAGACCUGAAACUGUACUCGAUGGAAGGCGUAGGGACCGAUGCCGUCAUCUACCUGAAGGCUCUCUCCAGCGAAUCAUUUGAGCGUCUGCCCGUCUUCAACAAAUCUGCUUGGCGACACUACCAAGGAGGCCCAGGAGCGGAUGACUGGAGCAACCCGAGCAAAGAGCCCCGAGAUGCCUCAAAAUACAAGGCCAAAAGAUAAUCGCACUCGCCCCAUCCGUGUCCCACUGCACCCAUUACAGACCUGCCGUCUUUAGUCUAGCUUCAGUUGCCAUGGCAACAUCACAUCGAUGCUGAGUGUUCUAUACUUGUUAGCAUUUCCAGAGCAGGAGAGCUGAUGAUGGAAGUGUCGUUAGGUCUCUGCUCCUUCUUCCUUUGUGCAGCUACAGACGUAAGAUACAGAACCUCCUUUUAGUGUCUUCCAGGGUAGUUAGAGGAGAGAGUGUACAUUUGUGUCCGGGGUGUUUUGUAAUCGUGCCACAAAGUAGCCUCCCUGUUUCAUUUUCUAAAACGGCCAGAAGGACGCCUGGAGUUUGAGAUGGUCAAAACAAAGAGCAUUUCUCUUU